AUGAUCCAAAUUAGAUAUGCUCCAUUUGAUAGUAACAAAGAAAUAAGUUGUAGUAAUUCAAAAAACAAAAGAAAUUAAUUUAAUAUUACAUUUUGGAGGUAAUUUUUUUUUAAGUACUAAAUUCAGAAAUAUAGUUAAAUGAUGGGUUUUCUUAUUUUCAGGCCUAAUAAGGUUAUAAAAAGUAUCCAUUCAUUAAAAUUUAGAUCUUGAUUUUAAUUUCAUUAAUAGUCUUUAAGAUUAAAUAAAAAUUAAAGUUUAAUUCUAGUGUUUGUGUUAAAAAUCAACAAUAUUAAAUGAUUUUUAAAUUAAUAAUAAUACUAAUUUAUAUCAGAAACUUUAAUGGUGAUUCCCUCUCUCUAAUAGGAUGGAUUUGA